AUGGAAGAUGCUCCCCUUGUGACUCCCCGCCAGAUCUGGGCGAACCCGACGACGACCUCGACCAAGACGUACUCGUCCGGGUGCACCCCGUUCAUGCUACCCAGUGCUGGAGUUAUACAUGUCAACGAUUCCUACGCCGUUACCCUGACCGAUAAUGCCGUGUUUGAACCUGUAUGCACUGGCAACCCUGCGGAUUACACCCAUGUAUCUGCAGUGCUCGACACUCGCGACCCCUUCUACUCCUCCGUCACCCCCCAGCUAUACGCCAUCGGCUGCGCAACCGUGGUCAGCUACGUCCUCGUCAUCAUUCUCCUUAUCACCCCCCGAACCUUCUUUAUCGGUGGCCCCGGCGGCGGCGCAAACUUCCUAGGAAGACAUGGCAUGAUGAGUAGGUCAUACAGUGGGAACUCCUCGGUCGUCGGAGUCGGAGGUCGGCCAUGGCUGCAGAAAGUAGCGGCGACACUCGUUGCAAUCUCACUGACGAUUGCCACGGUGGAUUCUUUCAAAGUUGCCAGGAUGCAAUACGAAUACGGAUACUCGGAUGCCGAGGCGCUGUCCGAAGAAGUCAUCGACGGGACGGAGAUCCGUACUGUUCGCGUGAUAUCAAGUACAUUUCUCUGGCUGGCGCAAGUGCAGACCUUGAUUCGACUCUUUCCACGACACAAGGAGAAAGUGAUGAUCAAAUGGGCUGGGUUUGCGCUGAUUGUGCUAGAUACGACUUUCAGUAUCUUGGAGAAUUUCUACGUCAAGAAUAAAUCGCCACGCCCCAGACUUUACGAUGACGCGAUUCCUGCACUCAGCUACUUAUUUGAGCUGGCGCUCAAUCUUUUAUACGCCGCCUGGGUUAUCUUUUACUCGAUUUCGAAACAUCGCUAUGCCUUCUUUCACCCCAAGAUGCGCAACAUCUGCUUUGUCGCUCUUUUGUCACUAUGCGCGAUAUUGAUACCUGUUGUCUUUUUUGUUACUGAUAUCGCCCGCCCUGAAAUCGCUGGCUGGGGUACCUACAUCCGAUGGGUUGGAUCUGCCGCUGCCAGUGUGGUGGUGUGGGAAUGGGUGGAGCGCAUAGAAGCGCUAGAACGCGACGAAACGAAAGAUGGAAUCCUUGGAAGAGAGGUCUUUGACGGCGAUGAGAUGCUCGACGUUACUCCGUCCGAGGAGGUCGAUUGGCCUCGCUAUCCGCCUAAAGGAAACGACAAAGAUGGUGGAAGCGGUGAAGCUUCGGGCUGGGUAGGAAUGAUGGGACUGGCUCAUCGUCCUCUACGAACCCGUGUAGGCAUCCGUGGAAACCGAAACGGGGGCACCCAUCCCCUGGCGCAAGAUUCUAACAAUCCUGCCGCUCCUCGGGAUCCGAACAACCCUCGACCUACACCACCCCCCAAUGCUAUGACACCAGUCAGCCGGACCGACACCACAAGUGCUGCGAGUACCGUAUAUAAUGUCCGCUACCAUCCAGUUGCUAGCCCCACACCACCCGUGGCGAUGCCUCACAUGGAAGAAGAGGAUGAGGAGAUCGAAGAGGCCAAGGAAAUGGAGAUUGAGGGGGGCCAAGCACGCGACGUCGAGGACAAUCCCUCUACCCAAGAUGUCAGAGAACAGUCACCACAGAUUGUUCACGCCGAUCCAAGAUGGCGCAAUCUUAUCAAUCAUUUCAAGCGGAGACGUGGCUCGCUACCCCGAGAAGUGGCCUUUGCCCAAGCCGUCGAAGAGCCAACACCCGGAAGCUCAGUCGGCACGCCCGACGAGUACAUUGGUGCCCAGCUUGCGCAGGCAAGAAACAGCUUCUUUUCCCUCAACCGUAAAGGACACUCGGGCUCCGGCCCGCAGAAUCCCGACGCUCCCUUGCCUGUCACUGUCAUCCCCGCUCGACGCCGCGGCCAGCAUACCUGGUCUCCCCAGAACCACCUGCUCGAGCCGUCCUCAUCGCACGAGCCGUCUCCGUCGCACGAGCCCCGACAUGGCCGCUCCGAUCUGCCAUUGCUGGUCAUUCCGUCCCAGCCGCAGGCCUCUGCUCCCUGGACGGACGCGGACAUGGAGAACGGCGACAGCGACUACGUUCUGCGAUAUGAUCCCGAAGCGGCCGCGCUGAUCGACGAGGAUAUAAGCCAGGCUCGUGAAGACUGCACACCCGCCGGCGAUCAAGUUAGCCGGCCGGAGACGACCUUCUCAGAAGAGAGGAACGAUGCCGGCCUCACCCAAGCCGAUACGCAAGAGCAAACCGAGACCAACGUCACGCAUCAGCAAGCGGGUCGCGGGAUCGGCUCCUCCUGA